UGUGAACCGGAAGCAGUUGGUCACGUGAUGGCGGUCGAAACCUCGCAUGCUUACAGCAGCACAUGUACAUGCUCAAUUUAAAACAAAUAUGCCUAUAGCUUUUCUUUAAACGAAGCGCUUUACUAUUGCUGGUAAUUUUUUUUAACUUUUCUUUUCAGCGGCUGAUAGCUGUUAUACUUUUACCAAUAAGUUUAUGUUAUCAAAAAUAACACUAACUAGCAUUAGCUCGUGUUCGUUGGCCAGUAUCCGAACAUCCAGCCAUCCAUUUCCUACCGCUUAUUCCCUUUUGGGUCGCGGGGGGCGCUGGUGCCUAUCUCAGCUACAAUCGGACGGAAGCCGGUGUACACCCUGGACAAGUCGCCAACUAAUUGCAGGGCCAGAGUAUCCGAACAGAAAGCAUGAAGGGCAAAUGGAAGGGAGGCGGAAAAAAGAAGAAAGGCAACGAAGUGUUGCAGAAGUACAUGGUGGCGGUGGAUGAAUUUGUGAAAAGCAAGAAUGGUGCAGAGGAGCCACAGGCUGACACCAGCGUGAGGUUUGUCCAAAGGAAAAGUCGGAAGGAGCUUCGGAAAGAGAAGCGAAAACUGAAGAAAGCCAGAAUGAAAAGCUACUAUCAAGGCAUAAAGACUGACGUCGACGAUGGUGCUCCCCCGGAUCCAGCUGAUCCUCAACAACCACGUCCAAAAAAGGAGACCGUCAAAAAAAGCAUUGCUAAAAACAAUGCCAUGAAAGCAGAACAGUCUAAGAAAGCCACCAAGCUUCAAGAAUCCAGAAAGAAAGCCCUGUUGGAGGCCAACGAACAAGAAGAUAGAGAAAUAAAAAAGCUAGAGCGCUUUCUCAAAUUAAACAAGAGAAAAAACAAGAAAAGCAUUCCUCAGUCAUUUGUGGCCGACGGCCUGGACUACAUCCUGGGGGUCCUGGACUCUGACACUUUGGCCGCCGGCAUGGGUGACAGCGAUGACGACAUGGACAUGGCCAAGCAAAACUUUGAACAACUGGACAAGGACACCUCACAGCCCUCAGAUGAGGAGGAGGAAGAGGAGGACGUGGCGAGUGAAGGCAACGGAGAAGAUAUGGAUUCUUCCAGCGAUGAAGUUGAUGCGUCGGAGGAGGAGGUUGAAGUUAACUGUGAAGAAGAGGAAAUGGAUGAAACCCAAGAUGUGGGUGAUGCUGAAGACAUAAAUAAGGAAGCCAUGGAGUCCAAUUCAAAUCCUGGUGCAUCUGACACCGGCAAAUACGUGCCUCCUCAGGUGCGCAACGCUGCAGGUGACCAACACAAAGCCGAGCUGGAAAAACUCCGGAAGAACGUCAAAGGCCUUGUAAACAGACUGAGCGAGCCCAACAUGUCGUCCAUCAGCGGCCAGCUGGAGGCGCUCUAUAUGAGCUGCAGCAGGAAGGACAUGAACGACACCCUCACCGAGGUGCUGCUGGCGGCCUGCGUCACCCCAGCGCUGAUGCCUGACAGGCUGCUGAUGGAGCACGUCCUCCUCGUCAGCGUCCUUCAUCACGCUGUGGGCUUGGAGGUGGGAGCCCAUUUUCUGGAGACGGUGGUGCGCAUGUUCGACAAUGAGUACAACCGGCCAAGUGAGGGCAAAGAGUGCGACAACCUUGUGGCCAUUGUGGCCCACCUCUACAACUUCCAUGUGGUGCACUCACUCCUCAUCUUCGACAUCCUGAGACGCUUCGUGGCGGCCUUCGCCGAGAAGGACAUCGAGCUGGUGCUGUUUUUGCUAAAGAACGUCGGCUUCUCCCUGAGGAAGGACGACGCACUGGCUCUCAAGGACCUCAUCACCGAGGCCCAGCGCAAGGCGUCUGACGUGGGAAAUAAGUUCAAGGAUCAAACAAGAGUGCGCUUCAUGUUGGAAACCAUGCUGGCUUUAAAGAAUAAUGACAUGCGCAAGAUCCCAGGCUACGAUCCUGAACCUGUGGAGAAACUGAAGAAGCUGCAAAGGACUCUGAUCCAACGCAGAGCAGCAGGCAGCGACAUGAUGCUCAGAGUUUCCCUGGACAAUCUGCUGUCAGCCAAUGAGGUGGGCCGCUGGUGGAUCGUGGGCUCCUCGUGGAACGGAGCGCCCAUGAUCAGCCAACAAGAGAACACGGCAGCCGACAAAAGCAGCAGCGAAGGACAAUACAGCACCAAAGUUCUGGAGCUGGCUCGAAAACAGAGGAUGAACACCGAGGUCAGAAGAAACAUCUUCUGCGUGCUCAUGACCAGCGAAGAUUACCUGGAUGCGUUUGAGAAGCUGUUGAGGAUGGGACUGAAGGACAAGCAGGAGAGAGAAAUUGUCCACGUUCUGAUGAACUGCUGUCUGCAGGAGAAGACCUUCAACAGUUUUUAUGCGGUGCUGGCAGAUAAGUUCUGCACUCACGACCGCCGUUUCCAGAUGACCUUCCAGUUCAGCCUGUGGGACAAAUUCAGGGAGCUUGCCGACCUUCCCACCAGGACUUUGAGCAACCUGGUCCAGCUGGUGACCCACCUGCUCCAGAAGAAGUGCCUCUCGUUGUCUUUGUUCAAAGGGCGAGAUACAAGCUUUAUUGCCAUCUACAUGUUAAGAGUGGGGCAGCACGGUGGAACAGGGGUCAUCGAGUUUGGAGAACUGGACAAGGCCAAAGUGCGCUUCCUGCGUCAGGUCCUGACUCGCCUGCUCAAAGACAGCGAGCCCGAGGAGCUCCUCAGCAUAUUUGCAAGGAUCUCUGGAAUUCCCAACCUGGGAAUGCUGCGGGAGGGCUUGAAGCUCUUCAUCAGCCACUUCCUGCUGAAGAACGGCCCGUCGCAGGAGUCAGAGGAGCAGGCGGCCAUGCUGUCCGAGCGCGCUCACAUCGCCACCAAGGCCAUGGAGGCCAAAGAUGUCAAAGUCAAACUGUAAGAAAAAUAAUUGACUUCUUCUUCCCAUGAUGUCCUCUAAGCUUUUCCCUCAAAAUAAAUCUUUUGUAAAUAUAUAUAUAUAUAUAAUGUUUUUGCUAAGGCACACCUCCAAAUAUGUGUAUUUAUCAGGAAUGUUUUCCAUAAAAAGGAUGACUCAUGCUGAAUUAUUUGCAUAAGAAUAAAAUCAUCUCUUUCCAAA